CUCUCUCCGUCAGUCACUCAGUGUGAUGGAGGUGAAGAUUCGACCUGUCGCAGCUUUAAUCCGCUCCACUGUCACAGGAUAACGGAGUCUGACCAGUUUUCACAGCUCGACGCUCGGACUGAUCUGGACCUGAUGCUCGUCCAAUCAGGACUCAAACACAGCUCGCGACUCGCUAACGGCUUUCUAACGAACUAACGAACCAAACGGAGUGAGGACAGAAACUCUGCAGGAUCUCAGUGGUGAAACAAACAUGGAGGAAAAGUUGACGGAGGAUCUGGAUUUUUACUUUUCUUCUAUGGCUGGAUAAAAACUUUAAAAGUUUGGAACAAAUAUGCAGUUUUAUUUCCUUCUUUUUAUUUGGUCACUUUAUCUGUACAGAAACUAAUCAGCUGGAAUUCUGUCGUCAAUCUCUGGAUUCUGACGUUGUUCUGCAUCUUUACAUUUUUAUCACAACUUGUUUUUCUUGUCCAGAUUUUUUUGGAAGGCGUGUGAGCAGUUUUACUUGGAGAGAAGAUUUGUGAUUGAAAGUCAGAUCUGUUUGUUGUGGCUGACGUUGAUUUUUGAUAAUCUAUUAAAUUAGAGGAUUGGAAGUUACUGAUGCAGCAGCUUCAGAGUCAAGGAGGAGGAGUUCAGACUCUUUGUGGAUUGUGUCGAGUUUCACUGAGACACUGAAGCUGCCUCCUUCAGGUUCAGGUUACCUGAGAGUAACUGUGGACGUGACGGCGGCAGCGGAGAGGAGGGGACAGGGUGCGGAGGACGUUAUCAGUUCUCUGGAAAUGUGACGUCCACCGUGAGAGGGCGGGAUCCAGGGCAGAGGUGAAACAGGUGAGACGGAGAGAGUGAGAGGAUUAUACAAACACAACGGCAGAUUAAAACAGAGCUGAUGAGCUUCGUUCAGCCGGGAGGAAUCGUUUGGACAAGAACACAGAGACCUGGGUCUUCAGGAGAUGUCUGCAGCUGCUCACCUGGACUUUGUCUCGCUCCGUCUGGAUCAGGAUGAAGCCAAAACUCUGAGUCUGAGCUGAACAGCAGGUGAACUGGACCCGAGGGACAGGGGCAUGUACGUCCUGUGCACCCUGGCGGUUCUGACCCUCCACAGCCUCUUCAAGAGCCGCAACAAGGCUGUGGAGCCCGACAGGACCUCAGAGGCUGCGGAGCAGAAAGCUCAUCUGCAGGAUGGGGGCGAUGCUGACCUCUGCAGAGUGCCCAGGACUCUGGGUCAAGGAGACGAUGCCAUGAAGAAGGUGGACAACAGAGGACAGAGGAGCUGCAGAGCUGAAGGGAAGAGGAAGCGAGGAGGAGGCAUGCGUAACGUCCCCGUCAACAGGACACAAGUUCAGCCGGUCCAGCGGUCCAGUGCUCUGCUCUGUCCGUCGGUCAUGUUCGGAACAAGAAAGACCUGGGACCUCAGCCACGCCCCCUGCCUGCAGGAGCUCUGGAAGAAAGACAUCUCAUUGGACGCGAGCUCACUGGACUUCCUGAUGAGUGAUGGUGAAGACGACAACUCCUUCCUAUCUCUGCCCAAUGCUACCUUCUCACAGCGCCCCUCUCUGACCGCAGAGCUGACCGAAACAAGCGCACCCAGCCAGCAGCUGCUCAUCCAGAAGGUCACCUGGUCCUGCUGGUGGACUCCUGCCCACACUCUACAGGACAAAGUGUGUGAGUUUCAGUCUCGUCUUCGCUCUGAAGAAGUCACUCGUCACUUGCUCGUCCAGCAGCUGCAGCAGCAGAGCGUCCAGGAGAAGACGUGUGGAGGAGGCGGGACUGUCGGAGGAGUCCAGGCGCCGCAGGAGGAGCGUCUGUCAGCGCCGCCAAACGGUGAACAACCUUCAGAUUGUUUCAGCCGUCAAGAAGAGCAGCUCGUUAUUCGGCUGCGCACACAGGUGGAGGAGCUGGAGAAGAAGCUGUUGGAUCAGACUCAGGAGGUGGAGAGACUUCGCUCAGAGCUGGGGGCGACAGACCUGGAGAAGCAGCUGGAGCUGCUGGAGGUGGAGAACGAGCGUCUGAAGCAGGAGCUGAAGUCAUGGAGGAGCUCAGAGCUUCAGAAGCUCGACGCUGCAGCAGAGACGUGCAGCUGCAGCCACUGCCCCCACAGCCAGGACGCAGACUCCCUGCGCAGGGAGGUGUCGCGCUGGGAGAACCAGGCCCGGCAGAGGGAGCGUCGUCUGGCUGAGCUGGAGCGAGAGCUGCUGGAGAAGAGCUCCAGGGUGGAGGCUCUCCACCGACAGCUGGAUGAUUCCACCCGGCAGCUGGAGGAGUCGAGGCAGAGGCAGGAAGAGGCUGAGCGGAAACUCGCUCUGCGACUGCACGAGUGCGAGCAGGAGAUGGCCAGACAGGCUGCAGCGCCCUCUAGGGUCAAGUACGUGACUCAGACGGUGGAGGUGGAGUCGGCCGACUCGCAGAAAGCUCUGGUUGAGAUGCAGACGAAGAACGCCGCCCUGCAGGAGCAGCUUUCUCUCCAGAGGCAACUGCUGAGGGAGCUGGAGACGCAGCUGCACGAGUCGCAGAGGACCUGCGCUCAGCUCAGGACGCAGCUGCUCGCCGAUCGAGGCCGUCUCUGCGGCCUCCUCUCCACAACCAUCGGCGGAGGGAACAGUGAGGAGGUUCGCAGGUUGUCUAAGAUCCUGGUGUACGAGGGAGAGAUGGAGCGAGCGCAGGGUCAGCUGGAGGUGGAGAUGCAGAACCUGGAGGAGGAGAAGAACCGAGUGAUCGAGGAGGCGUUCAUCAGAGCCGAGAGCGAGAUGAAGGCCGUGCACGAGAACCUGGCAGGAGUGCGUAUGAACCUGCUCAGUCUGCAGCCGGCUCUCAGGACUCUCACCUGCGACUACAACUGUCUGAAGCGGCAGGUGCAGGAGUUUCCCUUCAUGCUGGAUAAAGCCAUCACCGAGGCGAAGCAGGAGAUCUGUCAGGUGAUCAGCGAGGUGAGCAGCACAAACCAGGAUCUGCUGCGUAAAUACAAGCGGGAGAUGAACCUGAGGAAGAAAUGUCACAACGAGCUGGUUCGACUCAAAGGUAACAUCCGUGUUUUCUGCCGCGUCCGCCCGGUCAGUCAGGAGGAGCAGGACGCCGCCGACGCCAAAACCAUGCUGAGCUUUGACUCGGAUGACGACGCCGUCCUCUACCUCUCCAGCAAGGGCAAGAUGAUGACUUUUGAACUGGACAAAGUUUUCCCUCCUCGGGCCACGCAGGCGGAGGUGUUUCAGGAAGUGCAGUCUCUGGUCACUUCCUGUAUCGACGGCUUUAACGUCUGCAUCUUCGCCUACGGACAGACCGGCUCUGGGAAGACCUACACCAUGGAGGGCGUAGUGAACGACCCCGGCAUCAACCAGCGAGGGCUGCGUCUGCUCUUCUCCGAGGUGACGGAGAAAGCUCCAGACUGGGACUACAAGAUCAGCGUCAGCAUGGUGGAGAUCUACAACGAGACGCUGCGGGACCUGCUGGGCGAGAAUCCCACGGACAAACUGGACAUAAAGAUGAAUCCUGACGGCAGCGGACAGCUCUAUGUACCCGGACUGACUGAGUUCCCUGUGCAGAGCCCAGAGGACAUCAACAGGGUGUUUGAGUUGGGUCACAUGAACAGAGCGACGGCCUGCACCAACCUGAACGAACACAGCUCUCGCUCACACGCUCUGCUCAUCAUCACCGUGUGUGGGUUCAAUGCCGCCACUGGAAACCGCACACAAGGUAAACUGAACCUGGUGGACCUGGCGGGCUCGGAGCGGAUCGGUAAGUCGGGGGCGGAGGGCAGUCGUCUCAGAGAGGCUCAGUGCAUCAACAAAUCUCUGUCGGCGCUCGGUGAUGUCAUCAACGCGCUGCGGAGCAAACAUGCCCACGUCCCGUUCAGAAACUCCCGCCUCACCUACCUGCUGCAGGACUCUCUGAGCGGAGACAGCAAGACGCUGAUGAUGGUGCAGGUUUCCCCGUUGCCUAGCAACAUAAGCGAGUCGGUCUGCUCGCUGAAGUUCGCUCAGCGCGUUCGCAGCAUCGAGCUCAGCUCUUCGUCCUCCAGGAGACACGAGAACUCGUCCACCUCGUCCUCGCCGACGCACGACAGCAUCGAGCUCGACUCCCCCCCGGUCACCCCCCUCCCUCUCCCCAUCUCUCGGGCGAGCAGCGCAGGCUCCACCCUCUCCUCCGCCUCCAGAACCCCGAGCGGCUCCCGCAGGAGGUCCCAGUCCCAACUGUCCACAGACAGACAGGUAGACAGAGCCAGCCCAUUGGUGGGGGACGGUGGGCAGGACGACUGAAGCUGACGGCCUGAGUGACCCAGAGGUGGCGCUGUGGGACGUCCGGUUCUGACUGGGGGGUGUCGGCCAACACCCUGAGGAUUUUAUCAUCGCGUCACCAUUGGAUGUAUUACCGCCCUCUACUGGUGGAAAGAGAAGGAGCAAAGGCUGAUGGGAAGUUUCCAUGACUCUCUGUCAGCAGAGAACACGGCCAAACGUUUUUUAUCUCCGUGUCGUCCUGCAGCGACACGACGGAUGAGAAACUGAACUGAAAUCAACUCCAUCUUUUCUCAUCCUCCAAAAAUCAGUAUAUGCUUUCUAAUCACAGUAUUUCCUUUGUUUCUUUGUAACAUUGCACUUUAUAAAUUUAGGUUAUUUUCUAUCCCACAAUUCCAGAUGUGGUUGAUUAUAAUAUAUGCAUAAAAUGGUUAUAUAUUUAUGUUUGAUAUGCUUUAAUCUUUUUUUUUAUUUAGACUUUUCUUUUUGACGGAUGAUGCAGGAUGUGUGAUAUUUGAGGUUAGUCCUAAAAGGAAGAUUUCUUGAAUCUCAGCUGAAUCUUGUUUUAGGCGGACUCCCCUCGCGGCCUCCUCUCUCCGAUCAGGGUACUCCACUGAAGCCACGCUGUCCGUCGGGACGUGAGCAAUACGAGCAAAUCGCCACCCGUGUUCAUGAUUGUUUUUGAUCUUCUCUUCCUGUGGAUGAUUUUUAGUUUAAAAGAAACUUCAUCUUCCUUCAGCUCGUUGAAAUCAAAGACUCGAGUCUUCUCUUUCCUCGACUGUUUCUUCUCGGUGUGAUCCUGCUGUCGUCACCUCUGUAGAAAACCAAUGUAGGAAACCGCAGGUGACCUCCGACUGAACAGACGUGUGCUGAGUUUGACGUGAUGCAGGAGAACCAUUAGUUGUAGAGAACAGGAAAUGCUUAGAAACGCAAUGAGCUGCUGUGUGUUGUUGAGCUGAUGAUGAACACGUCUGCUUGCUUUGUCUUCGCUGUAGAUCUCUACAGUUUGGAUUUUGUAUUCACUUUUUAAUAAACUCUUCAAAACCAA